CGUCACAGGGCCACGGAGCUCUACGUAGCUGCUGAGCCAAUGUGCAACAUCCUGGAGUGGAAGUAGUAGUCUGAAUGUGAGGCUUCUUCCCAGGAAAUUCAAACUAAACUUUGGUUUAAGCGAGCACAUUUGAGGCUAAUUAGCUUCGCUAUUGUUACAGAUAUCCGUACAGAGCCUGCGGGAGGAGACACAGCCGGACAGAAGACCGCGGACAGGCUCUGCUCUACUCUAGUUAGCUUGAUAACACUCUUCAAUAUUGACUGUCCAGUUUGAAAAUGGCCACAGAUGAGCUCUCGUCGAAGCUCAGCCGUCGGCUGCAGAUCGAAGAAGGGACCGAGGAGCCCGUCGCCGUGGAGCUCCAGGAACACCAGAACGGCGCGGAGGAUAAACCGAGUACGGCCAACGCGGACUCGGAGCUGGGCGCUAAACUGAUGCGGCGAGGGGAGCUGAACGAGGGGCAGGGCGAGCACUGCCAGCCCAGCACCAAGGUGUUCAACCCCUACACCGAGUUCAAAGAGUUCUCCCGAAAGCAGAUCAAAGACAUGGAGAAGCUGUUCAAAACGUAUGAUGCUGGGAAAGACAAUUACAUCGACCUGAUGGAGUUGAAGCUGAUGAUGGAGAAGCUUGAAGCUCCACAGACACAUCUCGGCUUGAAGAACAUGAUCAAGGAGGUGGACGAGGACCUGGACAACAAGCUCAGCUUCAGAGAGUUCCUGCUGAUCUUCAGGAAGGCAGCAGCAGGAGAGCUGGCAGAGGACAGCGGCCUCGGUGUGCUCGCUCGUCUCUCUGAAAUCGAUGUCUCCACAGAGGGGGUCAAAGGAGCCAAGACCUUCUUUGAAGCCAAAGUCCAGGCCAUCAAUGAGUCCAACCGCUUUGAGGCGGAGAUCCGCCAGGAGCAGGAAGUCAAGAAGAAGCAGGCCGAGGAUCAGAAACAAAGACGAGCCGCCUUCAAAGAACUGCAGUCAGCCUUCAAGUGACCUCCUCUCCCUCCUCUCAGGACCUGUCCCUACUAACACUGUCAGCUCCUCAAUGUUUGUGUUUGAAUGCUCCAUGAAUGUCAGACAGCAGUCGUCAAACUCCCAUCCAUGCUGGUCACUAGUCUACCAUACAGUGGACUAAAAUCACCACUGUGUAUACAGUAAUGCAGAUAAAGAUCAUCACCAGUCCGACUGUCUAGAAUCAUCUACUGAUUUAGCUCCGUAACAACGGUGUGCUCGGAGCUAAAUGAACAGAUGAUUCUUACAGUCUGUCAUCCACCAAACAGUCAUGUGACCUGAUCUGCCUCACCUUCAUGGAGCUCUCAUCUGUUUGUAUCUUCUGCUCUUAUCUUUGCACUUUAUGUGCUGUGCAGCGCUACAAAAUACCAAAGGGACAGGCAAAGGGAAUUUCCAGGCCAUGACAAUGGCAGCAGAUCUGAGCGCUGUUAGCUGCAAUCUUUGCUCUGCCCCCUUUAUUUGAUUGUUGAACUGAAUAUGGCUGGUUCAAUCAGUGACAGUAGACCUUUCAGACAGUGGUGUUAGACCAUGUUCAGCAGCUGCCUUAUUCAUUUCAAUGAGAUAACUGUUGGCACAGCACAGAGCUCCAGCAACAUAAAGGUUGUAAUGAGUGAGAUAUGGUGAUAACUUGUAAAAUCCUGCCUCAUAGUAUAAUAAACUGCUGUGCAGUGUUUGGGUGUCACA